GACGGACAACUUUCCUAGUCGCACGAUUAGCCUGUUUAGCUAUUUUAGCGCCUCUUUGCUAACUCUAUUUAACUUACUUAUUAACGUAACAGUAAAAUUUAUUCAACUAUUGCAUACAACAAUUUGCAAACAACUGUUUAAUAACCAUCAUUUCUCAUUAUGGGGAGAUUUUUUUGUGUGCAGUAGUCUUAGACUGAGGACUAGAGAUGGAAAUCAGCCUGUUAUGUACAGAUCCUCUAGCAGCCUUGGUGGCUAGCAGAAGAGAGUUUCUCAGUGUCAAAUCAUAAUUACGCUCCAGGAAAACAAUUUCCUAAAAGCUCUACUUUUCCCAGUGAAUAAAGGUACUCAAAUAAUCCCAGUGUCAAAUUACACUGCUGUAACAAAGUACAAGUUUAAGGCUGUUUCUACAUCUUUGCCAGGGUUCUCACAUUCUACACACAGAUGCAGGCCGGUCCGCGUCUCUGUAUAGUGUCUAAAACGCCAAGCUAGUGUCUUGAUCUGUGGGCAGGCUUGGCGUUUCUCUCAGAGUGUAUCUGAAGGUGACAUGUAAAUGUGUGGCGAGACAUUGGAACAAUGGUGUCAUUGUGCAUGCUGCACUUUGUCCAAGUCUCUAGAGUGGAGAACUUUUUGCAUGACAGACAGACAGCCUCACUCUUCGGUCCUUCAUCGCUCACAGAGUGACAUGGUUGGUGUGUUAUAUCAUGGGCUGUAUGCUGGGUCCUCAAAUGGUGCAUGUGUUGUUUUGUAUAGGGGUCUAUCGUUAAUGGUGGUCAUGGUAUGGUCAUUGUAAGCACCUUGGAUCUCCUUGCUCUCCAGAUCCCCACAUAGGUUGCAGCAUCUUCCCCAGAUCUUGAGGUCUAUUAGACUCUUUUAGACGUUAUUUUCAGUUUAUUUUUUAUACAUUAUCUUUUGUUUUUCUGUCAUAAAACUUGGUAGAACUUGUUUCAUGAGGCGUGACUUGUUUAAUGUGGCAGUCCGCUAAAGUCGAAAGUUGUGUGUCUCUCCUCCCAGAUAAUCUUGAUAACUUUCCAGAGAUACCUCUGAUGAAAUGUCACCAAUGCUUUCUUUCUAGGAUGCUAGACCAGACACAUUUGACCUGGCCUGGAUAUUCUGGUUUUCAAAAACCCUUUUCUUGAGUCAUAUUACAAAUUAGUAUAGCAAGUAAAUUUCUUCAUACAGAUUGUUUUCACCUGUAUAGGAGUGCAGCAUUUCUGGAGAUUGUGUGUAUUUUACUGUUCUUUGAGCAUUUCUGAUUGGAUUCAGACUGGUAGUGCUCCAGGCAGAUGUUUCCUUUUGGGGGGUGAUUGUUUGGUCUGCUUCUGAUUGGCUGGUCUGUGCAGGUGUUGAGCUGAAGACGACAUGCAGCCAAAACCUUGCCAACAUCCAAGGGAAAAAACUGGAUAAUGAAGUCCUUGUUAUCUGUUUUUUUGAGAAAUCUCUCAGAGACUAAAAAAAAUACCUUACAAUAUAUUGGCUGACAGUUUUGUGGAUUUUUUAAACUUGCCUUUUGACCCUUUUUACUCUUUCCACACUUCACAUUUCGGAGUUUUAUCUUAAGGCUUCAAUUGUUUUUCCGUUUCCCAAUGAAAAGUCGACGCAAUUUCAGUAUCAAAUCAGAAUGAAAGUCCAAAUUACCCAAUUCACCCAAACAUGUAACACAAACAUUUCUAUCAAUGCCAAGAAAGCUGUUAGCAGAGUUAGACAAGAAAACGUAUCCAGUCUUUUCUGUGAAGGGUUUGCUCAAACACACCGCCGUUGAGUGUUAUGUGUCUACGUCCAGCAUGAUUUGAAUAUAAAGAUUUGAAUAAAGGCAGCAACUGUCCAUUUAUCGAGAUUGCUCAGUUUGUUAUUGUACGUGGUGCAGCGAUGAGCAAGUCGACAGGCUGCUGCCAGGGCUUUCUACACUAUGUGUUUGACUAUGAAACGCCAAAAACGCUGAUUAUUCCCAGCAUACGUGUCGGAUUUGUCUUCAGGUUCACGCAGUUCUUGGUGCUGCUGUAUGUGGUGGGGUAUGUGUGUGUGGUGCAGAAAGCGUACCAGGAGAGAGACUCUGUCAUCAGUACUGUCACAACUAAAGUGAAGGGCUUUGCCUUUACCAACAUCUCCGACAUGCAGCCUCGUUUUUGGGAUGUGGUGGAUUACAACAUCCCCCCACAGGGAGAGGAUUCAUUCUUCGUGUUGACGAACAUGGUCAUGACCCCCGGGCAAACCCAGUCACGCUGUGCUGAGCUUCCAAGCCCUUCCACUACCUGUGUGGACGACUGUGACUGUGUGGAGGGUUAUAAUGAUCCUCGAGGGAAUGGUAUACGGACAGGACUGUGUGAAAACUAUUCCUCCACUGUCAAGACCUGUGAGGUUCUCUCCUGGUGUCCCCUGGAAAUCGACACCAACCUACCCAAGCGAGCACUUCUGGCCGAGGCUGAAAACUUCACUGUGCUGAUCAAAAACAGCAUCACCUACCCAAAGUUCAACCUUCACAAAAGAAACAUACUGUCUCACAUUAACUCCACGUAUCUGAAGACGUGCGAGUUCAACCGCAAAACACACCCCGACUGUCCCAUCUUCCGCCUGAAGCACAUUGUCUCUGAGGCCGGAGAGGACUUCCAGGACAUGGCUGUGAAGGGCGGUGUCCUGGGUAUUCUUAUUGACUGGAGCUGCGACCUGGACUGGUGGGCCAGGAAGUGUUAUCCCAAGUACACCUUCCGCAGGCUGGACAACAAACAUCCAGUCAACAAUGUGGCCCCGGGGUACAACUUCAGGUUUGCAAAGUACUACAGGACGGCAGAGGGAGAGGAAGUGAGAACGUUGAUCAAAGCGUACGGGAUCCGUUUUGACGUCAUCGUGUUUGGAACUGCAGGGAAAUUUGGAAUUGUACCAACCAUAGUGAACCUGGGUGCAGCUUUGUCCUUUCUGAGUUUGGUUCCCUUGGUUGCAGACUGGUUCAUGUUGACCUGCAUGAAGAGGAGAGAUCUUUACAGCAGACAGAAAUCAACAUAUCUGGUUGAGGAAUCUGAGGCCGAAUCGGCAUCGAUGAGCACAACAUAUGGAACCCAGUAGCAGCCUGGAGUCACCAUGAGAAUUCAUUUUCUUCAUAUAAAUUCAUUCUUGCUCUAAAACUGUCACAGAUAGUCUGUUAGAUGCCUUAAAUAAAACUGUUCACGUGUGUA